AUGUCGAAUUCAUCCUCGCGUACCCCGAGUACAUCCUCUUCCCCCGGCCUCGGAGGCCCUACAGCAAAGAAACGCAAGGCCUCGAGUAUCACCUCAAUAUCAGACAAUCAAACCGAUCCGGAGGAGGAGUCACCCAAAACAUUCCGCAACUAUGCCCUCAAGACCCAAAUCCCCGAGCUCUUCGAAGAGAAUGUCCUAGCCAAAAUCAUCCGGGUAGCAUCCCGCUCAAUGCGAGAAUCCAGCGUCUUCAGCCAGAUCAACGGCGUGCCACUAUCCUACCCGGAGACCGUCCCGCAAAGCGGACCGAAUGCGGGAUUGUACGAGUUUCGCGAUCCGGAGUUCUGGACGUGUGGAUUCUUCCCGGGGAGUUUGUAUGCGUUGCUAGAGAGAUCCGUCAAGCACCCGCAGUCCAUCGAAGUGGGCUCUGAUUUCUCGACUAUUGGUGUGCGGGAACUCCGCGCUCAGCUACGCUCCCUGGGCAAGUCGUGGUCGAGGUCCCUCCAUAGCAUGGCGUUUCGGACGGAUACCCAUGACAUCGGCUUCAUCGUCAUGCCUGCCCUGAGGCGGGACUGGGAGCUAACCGGAAACGAGCAGAGCCUCCGAUCGAUUAUCCAAGCCGCCCGGAGUCUAGCUACGCGAUAUGUGGCUUCGUCUGGCGCGAUUCGCAGCUGGGAUUGUCUAGUAAAGAAGGAGCUCACGGUGACAGACCAGACUGAGAAUUCGCUCAUUAUCAUCGACAGUCUCUGUAACCUGGAUCUCCUCUACUACGCCGCAGCACACGCAGGAGAUGAGAGUCUAGCGAACAUCGCAACAAGCCACGCACGAAAGCUUCUCACAACGCACCUCCGUCCAGAAAACGGGAUAGUCGUUCCGAAUUCGGGAUACCAGGGUCAAUUGUAUUCUACCUGCCACGUCGCAAAUAUCGAGCCCGCGACAGGAAAGCUGAAAUGGCGAUGGACAGCGCAGGGCUACGCGAAUGAGUCGACUUGGGCACGAGGCCAGUCAUGGGCGAUUCUUGGAUACGCGCAGACGUACAUGUGGACGAAGGACACGACAUUCCUCGACGCGGCAUGUGGUGUCGCAGAGUACUUCCUCCACCGCCUCGAUACAUCUCCCGCAUGUGUCGAGAUCGAGCGUGACUCUACUUCUACGUCUACAUCAACAGCACAACCCCCCUUCCAACUACCCGGCACCCGAAAGUCAACAAAGGGCCGUCACGUCCCACUCUGGGACUUCGAUGCCCCCAUCGAGAACCCCUCCGGCCCCCUCCGAGACUCCUCAGCAGGCGUCAUAGCCGCAAACGGUCUCCUCAUCCUCUCCCAAGCACUCAAAGCACUAGGCCAAGACAGCCUCUCGCGCCGCUUCCUCACCGCAGCAAUCGACAUCGUCCGCGAUACGGUGGACCUCUGCCUCGCGACUGAAAAAGCCCAGUUCAUCGGCGGCGGCGGCGGGGAGGGAGCUGAUCUGCGCGUUGAGGACGCGGAGGUCGGAAUGACCUUCGACUCGAUCUUGAAGAAUGGCACCGCGAACAAUAACCAGGGUGCAAGGCGAAGGCCGGGCCUACCCGAGGCCCCCAUCUUCAUCGACUGCAACCAGGACACCGACGCGAUCUGCGCGCCGACCCCAACAGACUCGAACGCGCUCGAAACCGCAGUCGCGAUAAAUGAUAUCCCGGGAGACGGGCUGAUCGGCCCGUAUUAUUCGCCCGGAAUUGCGUGUCCGGCGGACUGGACGACGGUUGGUGUUGCUAUUCGUGGGGAGAGUACGGUGUCGCGGUCCGGGAUUGUUGCUGUGCCGACUGGGACGGAGGAUGUCGGGCCUGCGCCGACGUUUUAUAAUAAUCAUGAUGUCUUGAUUGAUUUGUUGGAUGUGGGCGAGACGGCCGUUUGGUGUUGUCCUGAAUCAGCGACGGCCUACCCAGGAGGCGGCGUAUGUCUCUCCGCCCUAUCCGACUACAGCUUCUCGACCGCGUGCAGAUCCUACUACACAGCGUCGGACGUCGCGACAUACACGACCGGCAUCCCCGGGAACGACGGGCGGACGACAGAGGGGGAGUUGCUCAUCAUCACAGCGACGACAACCGCGACGGUUGAAACGACGACGUUCUCGAGUAGCGAGGCUACUGACUACAUCGCGUAUUCGCAGCUCGCCCUGAUCCGGUUUGUGCACCAGCCGUCGGAUUUGGCGGAGAGCGGGGGUGCGGAUUCGGAUGAGGAACAGGAGAGUGAUAGUGGCUCUGAUCCCAGUGAGACGAAUGCUGCGGGGAGAAUUGGUGCGACCGGUGCAGGUGGCGCUUGGGGUGGAGUUGUUGGCAGCUUGGUUGCUUCGGUUGUUGCUGGAGCUGCGCUUGUCCUGAUUCGUUAG